AUGAGCGACGUGAACGUCCCGCAGAUGGCGCAAGACGCAGUGCUCGUGCGGUCCGAAGAUCUCGAGGGCAAGCGCGCACACGUGCGCGGGUACGACUUCAACGAGGGCGUCGACUAUGCAAAGCUCCUGCAGGCGUACAAGACCAUGGGGUACCAAGGCACGAACUUGGGCAAAGCGAUCGAGGAGGUGCAGCGCAUGCGGAAGUGGCGCUUAAGUGACGACCGCAACGACAACGACAAGGCGGACGACCGUGCACCUGCUGAGACGGAACCAGACGACGCUUCGGUCCCUCGCGCCGCGGUGAAAACGACCAUUUUUCUGGGCUACACGUCGAAUCUCGUGUCGAGUGGCUUGCGUGAGACCCUGCGGUUCUUGGUGCAACACAAGAUGGUCGACGUCCUGGUCUCGUCUGCUGGAGGCAUUGAAGAAGACCUGAUCAAGUGCCUCGCGCCCACGUACAUUGGGGACUUUGCCUUGUCGGGCACGAAUUUGCGCUCUCGAGGGCUCAAUCGCAUUGGGAAUUUGCUAGUCCCGAAUGACAAUUACUGCAAGUUUGAAGACUGGCUGACGCCGAUUCUGGACGCUAUGCUGGAGGAACAAAUGACAUGGGGCACCGUGUGGUCUCCAUCCACAGUGAUCCGCCGCCUGGGCAAAGAGAUUGACAAUGAAGACUCGAUCUACUACUGGGCGUACAAGAACGACAUUCCCGUCUUUUGCCCGUCCCUCACGGAUGGAUCAAUCGGCGACAUGAUGUACUUUCACUCGUACCGUAACGAAGGGCUUGUGGUUGACAUCGUGAGCGACAUUCGUCGCAUGAAUGACCGCGCGAUGCGUGCACCAGGCAAGACGGGCGUGAUCAUUCUGGGUGGAGGGAUGGUCAAGCACCAUAUCUUGAACGCAAACCUCAUGCGCAAUGGCGCGGACUUUGGCGUGUUUGUCAACACGGGCCAGGAAUUUGAUGGCAGCGAUGCAGGGGCACGUCCGGAUGAAGCCAUUUCGUGGGGAAAGCUGCGUGUAGAUGCAACGCCCGUGAAGCUCUAUGCUGACGCGACGUUGGUGUUUCCACUCAUUGUCGCCGAGACGUUUGCAAAAGACUUUUAUGCGCACAACACACAUAACGGAGCUGCUGAGUAG